ACUUUGACAGAGUAUCACUUGUCAUUUGAGAAAUUACAGAGAAAAACGAAAAAAAUAGUUCCAAGAUAAAAUGGCUCCAAUUUUCGAUUCAAACUUUUCCAUUCGAUCAAUUCUUUCGGACACAUCCAGUAACGGAAGUAAUAGUGACGAAGAAACAACUCAGCAUCAUGAACAUCAUCAGCAUCAUAACAACAGUGAAGAUUCCCAGCCCUCCAGCGGUGACGAAGAUUGUGACCAGAGACCACCUUACACCUACAGCGCCCUCAUUGUGAUGGCCAUCCGGAAUAGCCCCAAGAGAUUCCUCACCCUCAACGAAAUUUGCACCUGGAUUGCUGACAAUUUUCCAUAUUACCAGAAAAACAAGAGCACCUGGCAAAACUCCAUCCGACACAACCUCAGCAUCAACCAGUGUUUUGUUAAAGUACAACGCCCCAUGGACGACCCAGGUAGAGGUAAUUACUGGACUUUGGAUGCAUCAGCCGAAGAUGUUACCAUUGGAGCAACGACUGGUCGUCUAAGAAGAGGAGAUCCCGUUGCUGGAAAUCAACAUGCAUACCAACACUACCAUCAUUAUCAUCAGCAUAAACAUGUGUCACAAGGACCUUAUGCAGUCUACUUCCCAUCACCGGAAGAAGUAAUGGCCAUGCAACAGACGGCUCUGCAGGAACAGCAAAUGUGGAACAACUAUCACCUCUACCAACAGCAGCAGCAAAGUAUGAUUCAAAGUGGUGGCGGUCAUUAUAUGGAUUCAUCAAUGGACUAUCAAUAG